AAAUAGACUGUUAAUAAAAAAUAUAUUUUAUGUCUGUGAUAAAUCAAUUUCUCAAACUGCCCUUAAUUUCAAUAUACUUUUGUUAAAUUUAACCAAUAAUUUUAAAAUUAAAAUUCGAUAUACGUAUAUAAAGUAUAGCCUCCUGAAAUUCGAUCAGUUUGUGGUCGUACUUCAAAUAGAAACAAGAUGAAGGUGUUCCUAAUAUUAUUUGCGACGUUCCUGUUCGUCAAAGCACAGGUUAGACCUGAAUGUGGCUGCGCGCCAGCGCCUCCUGUUUGCGCAAGCAACUUAAAGACAUACGACAGUGAAUGUGACAUGCAUUGCUCCGGCCCUGGCAGUGACACUCUCCAAGUUCUCUACAGAGGGACGUGCGAAGAUCUCAUAAGGAUGCUCACGUCCAAUAACAAUUUUAAUCUCUACAAUCCGUACCCCUACAACCCGUACUAUAACCCGAACUACAACCCCUAUUAUCCAGAUUUAUAUCUUGGAUUUAAGAAUUGAACUAAACAAUAAACAGUUGUAUAUCUAUUGAA